CUCGUUACUUCGUCUCUGGUCAGGGUGGUAGGUUAGCCAUGACUGAUUUUGUGUUUCAAAGUCAGUCAGACCAAAGCUAUAUCAGUCUCCUGUUGCUGAGGUUGUGCUGCUGGGCCUUUUCUAUUCCGUUCGAUAACGUUAUCAGCGAAAAUGAAUACAGAGACCAACUCAAGCGAGUCAACUUCCAAGACAUAACAAUAACUGAUGUCUCAGAUAGCGUAUUUCCAGGAUUCUACGACUUUGUGGGAUCGCACGAACGGAUGUUGGUCGAUGCGGGUACACACUCCGGCUUUGCAUUCAUACCGUUCAAACUGGUCUCUGCUAUGUUGUACUACGCCAGCCUGUACCAUGUGGUCCGUUUAGUAUGUAUAGGCGCCAAUAAGAGAUAAAAUGAAUAAAUCAAUACAACAAUAAACCAACAAGCCUAACAAAUGUACGCUCGAAUAUUGUACAG